AUGACGGUGCUGACCGUGCAGAUCGGCCAAUGCGGUAACCAGCUGGGCCACGCGUUCCUCGACACGAUCUUCAGACACGUGAGUUCCGCAAAGAACGAAGGCUUCAGGACGAAGCUGGCGGACAUGUACUUCGAAGAGGAGUGCAACUAUGGAAACAACCUCCUACCAGUGAUCCAGUAUGCAGACAACAACAAAGGUAGGAAGUCGCUCCUAAGCGAAAGCAAAGAGGUGAUGUGUUUGAAUAAUCACAUAGCAAGGUCUAUCCUCAUCGACAUGGAGCCGAAGGUUAUUGAAAAGUGCCUGUACCAGACAGAAGCCGAGGAGAGGAGAGUCCCCCUAGACAGUACGAAUGUGAACAAGUCGAAGAAUAAGAAGCAGCCGCGUGCUAGUACCGCCGAUUCAGAAGCACAUCAUAAGUAUGUGUGCGGAAUGGAGGAAUACUACGAGCCUUCAAACACCUUGAUGAAGGUAUUCUCCAGGGGGGACGACAGGGAAGAGGAGGAAGAAGAAGCCGUCUCGUCCCCCUCGCACGAGAAGCCUCAAAGGAAGGAGAAAAACAGCAGGAGGGAGUACCCAAUAAACACGUGGAAGUACAACAAAAGGAACUUCAUUUACGGUCUGAACGGGUCAGGUAAUAAUUGGUCCUACGGAUUUAAUGUUCAUGCAAAAAACAUAUGCGAGGAUUUCCUCAAUUUGAUACAAAAGGUAAUGGAAAGUAACGACAGCAGAGAAGGGGUGGACAACAUUAUCCUAUUUCAUAGUCUUUCGGGAGGAAGUGGAAGUGGAAUCAGUUCCUACCUCUCAUAUCUGCUAAAGGACGAAUAUUCCUCAGUCAAUCUGCUGAACGUGUGUGUCUUACCCUACAUGUUUGGGGAAAUCAGUGUGCAGAGCCUAAAUUCAGUGCUCUGCUUAUCAUCCCUGUACGACUCGUCUGAUGGCAUCGUCCUUCUAGAGAAUGACAAAUUUGAGUUAAUGUGCAAGAGGAUGAACAAUGAAAAUAUUAACACAGAGGAAAUAAACCGACACAUAAGUCUCUUCCUGACGUACACCCUUGGGUUGCCUCUGGAUUUUUCCAAUGUCAGAGGUGCUCGUGGGGGGCCAAAGUACACCAAUGCUAUUGACUCCAUCCUGACUGACCUUUGCAGUCACCCCAGUUAUAAGCUCCUUACCACUCGAUAUCUCCCACAAGUCUUCGAGGAAAAUAUGAAGUUUGAGCAAAACACGUUCAGUAUGCUUCUCAAACGCAUGCACAAGAUGGUUAUAAAUGGACGCAUCCUGGACUAUGACGCGCCCCACGGGGGGGGUAGUACCGGUGGUGUUGGUGGAGGAGGCGGUGGUGGGCGCUACCUGCCCGCAGAGAACUCCACCGUCGACCCGUACUUCGUCCGACUGUCCUCCAGGGAUCUGCAGAGGAGUAGCGCCUUCCUGAAGCACGUGCACAUCCCGCUGCACCUCCGGGAAUCCCUCAGCAAGUCAUACGUCAGCGUCCAGCAGAACUGCGUCCUUCUCCGUCGGGGCCCGAAGAGUUACUCGGCGCGGACUCAAGCAGCUCGCCUUCCCCACGAAUCCACACGUGGAGCCCCCCCUGGUCGUAUGCACCAGGGGAACGGGCCUCGAGAAGGACCAUUAGCUGGAACCCACUUCCGACACAACAAUGUAGUGUUUGGCUCCAAAAUGAUUCUGCGUGGAGAGCUGCAAGAAAAUAUUAACUUCGAUUUGUUUAAGAGUCACGUGCUGUACAAUCAGAAGUCUCUCAGCCCGAUGGAAGUCUACAUUGACGAGAGCAGGGACUUCACCUAUAACAGCCUGGCGAUGAUAUCGAACUGCUUGACCCCGAUACCAACGCUGAAGAAGAUUCUGCAGAGUGCGCAGAUGCUGUACGCCACCAAUGCGUACAUGUACCAAUACAACAGAUAUGGCGUGUCGCAUGACCACGUACAGAGCUCGCUGAUGGCGAUCGAUCAGGUCAUCAGCGCGUACGAGGGGCUCUCCUGCGAGGGGUAG